AUGAAGAAGCUGGAUAAAAGGGCAAAUUAUAGCCCUUUUCUCCCAUUCCCCGAUGUAGUAAUCAGGGUCCAGGCAUUUGCAAGGUGCAAAGAUGUCUCACUGCCUGUGCAGCCUUUUUUACUUUUAUUCAGUUUUUACAAGCAGAAUAAGGCAAACUGGUAACAGCGUUUUAAUUGGUAGAUUCUUCUCCCCCCUGAAAUACCAACCAGGGGCCCUGGUGGUGAAGUCAAGGUGAGGUAAUGCAGAUUAGAACCAGAAUGAGAUAAUGUAGACAUGCAAGGUGCGUAGGCAGUUGGUCCAUAGCAGUUUGCUGCACACGGCCCGAUACCACAAUCUCACCUCUACACCCCUACUUUUCGGAAUGCUCCCCUUGGUGCAGGGAUAAAUAGCAAGAAAAUAAUUGAUGUUGGCAUGUACAUCCAUUGGAAAAGAUUACAACAGAGUAAGCAGGCACAUAACAAGGAAUACACAAGGAAUUUAGGAUGCAAACAAAAGCGUGAAACUGAUUAAGGUCAAUUUCAGGCAGCAGCUGAACCUGGAGGAUUCUACAGUAAUCAACAACUAUAAUAGUGAUGGUAAUGACGCACCCAAAUCCACGUUUCUCCCCUCUAUAAAACUUGGGUUCCUUCCUGUCUGGGGAAUCAGAGCUCCAGCAAUUCAAUAAAGACAAGAUGAAGAUUUCUUGGCACGUCCUUUGCUUUUCUUUGCUCUUCUGUGCACUGCUUGGGGACUGUUUUGGAAUUGCGUUUAUGCCCAAGGACAAACGUGGGUGGACCCUGAACAGUGCUGGAUACCUGCUGGGACCCCCACUUCUUCCCUCCCCCCACUCUCCUCUCCCCAAAGCAGAUGCCCACCAGACAUUGCCUGACAAAGGACCUGUGGCAGGGAAAAGAGAUGCUGUGGAGGAUCUGUAUUCUUUGGGGCAGGAUUCUGUUGCACCUGUUGUGCAACUUUCUGAUUAUGGCAUCUUCCAGAUAUUGAUGGAUUUUCUCUCCUACCUGAAUUUCCGAGAUCAAACAAUGAUUGGACGCCAGCCCCUCCCAGUAUCAGAAGAAUCGGUGCAGCAGUAAAGUUCUUCAACCUUUUUCUUGUAGAGCUGCUUGUAGCAUUGCAGUUCCUUCCCCGUUUCACACAUGCAGGUGUUGGUCAGAUCCUUAGUCGUGUUUUGCCCUCUGCUCAUCUUUUCAGCAAUUUGCUUAAAAGAAUUCACUUCUAAUCUAGUUAAUCUUCCUGGUCACCCUUUUACCUAAUGUUGCUAUUUAUUCUGUAGUUCCUUGUCUUGCACGGCCUCUAUAACCUUCUUUCUUGGGGACAUUAUUAUUCUUUUCCCCAAUGCAAACAAUUACAGGAUAUGUAACAAUAAUGUACUUUCAUUUCCUUGUAUCCUUAUAGUUUCAUGUUUUUAAAACAGACGUUGGCACACUUCUUUGGGAUCUGUGUUUUUGUACCUUGAUGAGAAGGUCACAAAUUGGGGUCUAGAGCAAGCGGAAGGUGCCUGUAGAAUAUUUCCCAACUUUAGCAACUUUAAGAUGCGUGGACUUCAACUCCCAAAAUUCCCCAGCCAGCAUGGGCAACAUUUG